ACAGGGGUGAGCGAGCCACGAUCAGACAGAGCAGAGGCAUCGCGGACAGACGUGCGAACGAUUGCUGUCCCCAUCAGACGAGGUGGACUUGGACGUCUGUUGGAUGAAGCAGCUGGUUGGUCUCUUCGUUACCAUCGAAUGCUCGAUCUGACCACCAGAAACAAGCAUGACCGUCACUGUCACCGUCUCGUCAACGACGACCAAGGCUGCCUUCUUCCAUGAGCCUGGCCAGCUGCGCAAGGCUUGCCGUCAAGGAGCCUUCACCACAAGCACAGGCGGCCAGUGUCCAGGCUUUGUGCAGGCCAAUCUGCUCAUCCUACCAGCUCGAUUCGCAGCCGACUUCGAGAGAUUCUGCAGACGCAAUCCUGUCUCUUGUCCUCUACUAGGCGUCUCAGCCAAUGGAGAUCGCAAGAUACCUGCGCCCCUGAUCAGUGCUGGCGCAGCUCAGCUCGAUUCAGACGUCUGCUCUGACCUUUCUGGCUACAAUGUGUACCAAACGAGCUCGGGAAAGCUACUCUCCUCUACCGAGUCCGUCGAAGAGAUCUGGAGGCCAGACUUCUCCUCCUUCUUCAUUGGCUGUUCGUUCUCCUUCGAGAAUGCCCUUGCGGCAGGAGGACUGACUCCCAGGCACUGGUCGACUGGAGGACAGGUGGCAAUGUACAAGACAAAGUACAAGCUCCUGCCUGCUGGAGUCUUCCAAGGCCAUAUGGUCGUAUCCAUGCGGCCCUACCGCAAGGAAGACGUGCUCAAGGCUCGUCAAAUCACCGCAGAAUUCAUCUCCACGCACGGAGAGCCAGUCGCCUGGGGCUACGAUCAAGCCAAGAGCGUUCUGGGAAUUGAAGACAUCAGCAAGCCAGACUUUGGCUUUCCCACUGAGAUUCUCGAGGGGGAAGUGCCCAUCUUCUGGGGUUGUGGCGUCACGCCCCAGCUCGUCGCCAUGGAAACUUUCGCUAGACUGGCAAAGGAGAGGGAGUCAGGUGAAUCAGGGGCAAUGCCUCUCAUCGAAGGCGAGAUCGCUAUCGGACAUAUGCCUGGCCACAUGCUUGUCACAGAUUUGCCAGAAGAGGCAGUCGCACACGGUCAGAUUAUUCGUUGAUAUUAGGGCAUGGGCGGGUGACUAGACUGCUGCGCGUAAAUAGUCACUAUUCCUCCUUGCCACA